CCGCCAACCAAAUCCAUCUUGACACCACCAAGAAGCAUGCCGAAUACUGGGGAGACGAACCAACCCGAGCCGCAUGAGCCCGCCAAAGAUGCCGACGAGAUCGUCGUAGAAGCCGACGAGCAGAUUGAGGACAAGUCGUUCCUGGAGCUGGGUGUGAACCCCGCUCUAUGCGAGUCGAUUGCGGCCCUUGGGUGGACGCGUCCCAGUAAGAUCCAACAAAAGAGUUUGCCGGCGGCGUUGGCGGGCAAGGACAUCAUUGGGCUGGCCGAAACCGGGUCUGGGAAGACUGGUGCGUUUGUGAUUCCCAUCUUGCAGGACCUGCUCUUGUCGCCCCAGCGCCUCUUCGCGCUCGUGUUGGCGCCGACGCGCGAACUGGCGUUUCAAAUUUCAGAGCAGUUCGAAGCGCUGGGGUCGUCGAUUGGGCUCAAGUGCGCCUGCGUCGUGGGUGGCAUCGACAUGAUGAACCAGCAAGUCGCGCUGGCCAAGAAGCCCCACGUCGUGAUCGCAACGCCAGGGCGACUGGUCGACCAUUUGGAAAACACCAAGGGGUUCAGCCUGCGCACGAUGAAGUACCUGGUGCUGGACGAAGCCGAUCGCAUGCUCAGCAUGGACUUUGAGGAAGAGAUCAAUCAGAUCAUCCAGCUUAUGCCCAACGAGCGCCGCACGUACCUCUUCAGCGCCACGAUGACGUCCAAGGUGGCCAAGCUGCAGCGCGCGUCGCUGCAAAGCCCCGUCAAGGUCGAGAUCACACACAAGUUUGCCACACCCGAAACCCUCGCCCAAAAGUACCUGUUCAUUCCGGCAAAAUACAAGGACUGCUACCUCGCGUACGUGCUCAACGAGUUCGCCGGCCAAAGCAUGCUCAUCUUUGCGUCCACGUGCAACGGCACCCAGCGGAUCACGCUCAUGCUGCGGUCCCUCGGGUUUCCCGCGAUCUGUCUGCAUGGUCAGAUGACGCAGCCCAACCGCCUGGGCGCGUUAAACAAGUUCAAGGCCAAGCAGCGCUCCAUCUUGGUAUGCACGGACGUGGCGUCCCGCGGGCUGGACAUCCCCAGUGUCGACGUCGUAAUCAACUUUGAUAUCCCUACCAACGGCAAGGACUACAUCCAUCGCGUCGGCCGGACAGCCCGCGCAGGCCGCGCCGGGAUCGCGCUGUCGUUUGUGACCCAGUAUGACGUGGAGCUAUACCAGCGCAUUGAGCACCUUCUCGGCAAGAAGUUGGACACGUAUGCAUGCGAAGAAAGCACGGUGCUGGUCAUGCUGGAGCGAGUGGGGGAAGCCCAGCGAGCGGCCACAAUUGAGCUCAAGGAAGAGACGAGCAAGGGCACUGGAAAGCGAGCGCGGUACGGCAAGAACCACGAAGGCGAUGGCGACGAUGGCGACAACAAACGGCCGUACAAGUCGUCCAAGAAAAUACAGCACGGCAAAGGGGGUAGCAGCGGUGGAAGUCGCGGCGGUAUGAAAAAGGGUGGCGGACGAAAGUUCUAAUUAAUUAUACAAAUAUGGUUGUACUGUCGGGC